AUGUUUAGUGCUAAUUUCAAAUAUCCGCUUCAAUCAGAAGAAAAAAUAGCCGAAGCAUUAUCCCUUCUUAAUGAAAAGGUAAAACCAGAAGGAGGAAAGUACGACUUUAAUUUUAGCUCCGAAAAUACUACCCUCUUAAUAAAAAUUACAGCAACUUCAUCAGAGAAUCUUAGAAUUGCCAUCAACUUAGUAUUUCCUAUUAUAGAGCAAGUUAUUCCAUUUGUUGGUGGUGACGAUACUGGAAAGGAUGACGAAGAUAUAAUAGAGUAG